ACUUGGGGGCGCGAGAGGGUAGUAGGAAGAGUAUUUAAGGUGGAGCGGGGCGGAGGAGCUGUGCUGGAGCUGCUGGAGUUUAGCGGGUUUAAAGUGGUUUUUAAGGUAGUUUAAGGUGGUUUAAAGUAGUUUAAGGUAGUUUAAGGUAGCUUUAUUAAGUGUAAUAAUGAGCACUAUGUGUGGAGGAAUGGGAGGGGAGGAACCCGCCACCCCGGAGAUCCAGAACAUCUGCGAUACGGUGAAGUCGGACGCAGAGAAAAAAUCUGGGCAGAAUUUCGGGGUUUUCGUGGCCAAAUCUUUCACCACUCAGGUCGUCGCCGGAACCAAUUACUUCAUCAAGGUGCACGUCGGGGGGGAGGAGUAUGUUCACCUGAGGGUGUUUAAGUCCCUCCCCCACGCUGGAGAGAAGCUGCAGGUGCACGGAGUUAAAACCUCCAAGACCCACAACGAGCCAAUCAGCUACUUCUAAAGCCACGCCCCUGGCACCCAGCAGAUCUAACCCCGCCCCCUGCUCCGCCCGCUGCUCCGGGUUCUCCUGAGAUCAGCGCGGAACCAUAUCAUCCCUCUUUUAUACACAGAUUUAUUAAUUACAGCUGUAUUUUCAUUCCAAUUAAAUCUGUUACUGAACUUAAA